UCCGGCUGCGUUGGGCGUGCGCGGAGCUCGCAGCGACGAUGGCGUCCGGGCCUCACCCUAUCCCGGCUGCGGCCUCGGCCUCAGCCUCUUCGGCCUCCUCCUCGGCGGCCUCUGCCCCUGCCUCCUCCUCCUCCUCGGCCCCCGCGGCGACGGCGGCUUCGGUCUCGGCCACAGCAGCCCCGGCCUCCGGCGGUCCCGCAGCCGGGAUCCUUAUCGGCGACCGGCUCUACUCGGAGGUGUCGCUGACCAUCGACCAUUCGCUGAUCCCGGAGGAGCGGCUGUCGCCUACGCCGUCCAUGCAGGACGGCCUCGACCUGCCCAGUGAGACGGACCUGCGCAUCCUGGGCUGCGAGCUCAUCCAGGCCGCCGGCAUCCUGCUCCGGCUGCCGCAGGUGGCGAUGGCGACGGGGCAGGUGCUGUUCCACCGCUUCUUCUACUCCAAGUCCUUCGUCAAACACAGCUUUGAGAUUGUUGCCAUGGCUUGUAUCAAUCUCGCUUCCAAAAUUGAAGAAGCCCCUCGUAGAAUAAGAGAUGUGAUAAAUGUUUUUCACCAUUUACGGCAGUUAAGAGGAAAAAGGACGCCAAGCCCCCUGAUCCUUGAUCAGAACUACAUAAACACCAAAAAUCAAGUAAUCAAGGCAGAGAGAAGGGUAUUGAAGGAGUUGGGAUUUUGUGUUCAUGUCAAGCACCCGCACAAGAUCAUUGUUAUGUAUUUACAAGUCUUAGAAUGUGAACGGAAUCUAACCCUGGUUCAGACAGCCUGGAAUUACAUGAAUGACAGCCUUCGAACCAAUGUUUUUGUUCGAUUUCAACCGGAGACAAUAGCAUGUGCUUGUAUCUACCUUGCAGCCAGAGCACUUCAGAUUGCACUGCCGACUCGUCCUCAUUGGUUUCUCCUCUUUGGUACCACAGAAGAAGAUAUUCAGGAUAUCUGCAUAGAAACUCUGAGGCUUUACACCAGGAAAAAGCCAAACUAUGAAUUGUUGGAAAAAGAAGUAGAAAAGAGGAAAGUAGCCCUACAGGAAGCUAAAUUAAAAGCAAAAGGACUGAAUCCGGAUGGAACGCCAGCCCUUUCAACGCUGGGCGGUUUUUCUCCAGCUUCCAAACCAUCAUCCCCCAGAGAAGUCAAACCAGAGGAGAAAACGCCGAUCUCUGCCAGCAUGAAAACCAUCAAAAAAGAACCCGAAGAUAGACCGCAGGCUUCCAAAAGCCCUUACAAUGGUGUGAGGAAGGACAGCAAGAGAAGUAGAAACAGCAGAAGUGCCAGUCGGUCCCGCUCCCGCUCCCGCUCCCGCUCGCGAUCUCAUACUCCCAGAAGACAUUACAACAACAGGCGGAGUCGCUCCGGGACGUACAGCUCGAGGUCCAGAAGCCGGUCCCGCAGUCACAGCGAGAGCCCCCGCCGGCACCACAACCACGGCUCGCCCCACCUGAAGGCCAAGCACGCCCGCGAGGACCUGAAGAGCUCCAACAGACACGGGCACAAGAGGAAAAAGUCCCGCUCGCGCUCCCAGAGCAAGUCCCGGGACCACUCGGACGCCGCCAAGAAGCACCGGCACGACCGCAGCCACCACCGCGAGCGGCGGGAGAGGUCGCGGUCCUUCGAGCGCGCACACAAAGGCAAGCACCACGGCGGCAACCGCUCGGGCCACGGGCGGCACCGGCGCUGACGGGCCCCGGCCCGCCCCGCUGUGGUUCUGCCUCUGCAUUAUGGUGUACGGACGCUUAAUUGGAAUAGUAGAAGCAAACGGAUUAGGAUGUGAUUUAUUCAGAGCCCUCCAGGCUUCUAGAAGCUCGGAGGACGUUUCCUUUUGAAAGAACUAUGUUCAUUUUUGCACAUUAAAAUGCCCCAGCAGUAUCUCAUUGAAAACCAUGGUCAAGUUUAAUUGUACCUAUUAGAGUUGUGUAUUGUUUAUCACUAUAAGAACUGGAGAGUGGUCUUCUGUAAAAACGUACCUUAUUUUUAUACGGAUAAAUUGCAGACCUUAGACUAUUUAAGUGGUUCUUUGUUAAAUGAUGGUGGAGACUUUCUUACACUGGUUUGUCUGCAUGUGUAAAGAUUUUUACAAGGAAAUAAAAAUAUAAAUCUUGGGUUUUUUUAAAA